AUGGAGAGCCGCAGGCGGGAUAUGGAGCUGCUGAGCAACAGCAUGGCCGCGUACGCGCACAUCCGAGCCAACCCCGAGAGCUUCGGGCUCUACUUCGUGCUGGGUGUCUGCUUUGGGCUGGUGCUGACCCUGUGCCUGCUGGUGCUGCGCCUCUCCUGCCGGCCCUCCGUGCGCCCCCCACCCCGCCCAAGGGACUUCAGCGAGGACGAGGAGGAGGACGAGGAGGAGGACGAGGAGGAGGAGGACACCGUUGACCGUGCAGCAUCCGAGUCCCUGCUGCCGGUGACCGAGAUCCCGCUGGACAGCCACGGCCCUGGGGACGGGGCGCUGGCCGUCAACGUCUUCGCCUCGGCGGAGGAGCUGGAGCGGGCGCAGCGGCUGGAGGAGCGCGAGCGCAUCAUCCGCGAGAUCUGGCGCAACGGGCAGCCCGACAUCCUGGGCACCGGCACCCUUGGCCGUGUCCACUACUACUGA